AUUGAAAUGCUGGAACACAAAUAUGGAGGCCAUUUGGUAUCUCGCCGGGCUGCCUGUACCAUCCAGACAGCCUUCCGUCAGUACCAACUCAGCAAGAACUUUGAAAAGAUUCGGAAUUCCUUGCUGGAAAGCCGCAUGCCCAGACGCAUUUCUCUGCGAAAGGUCAGGUUACAGAAUGCAGAGAGUUUAAUGGAAGGGUAUAAUUUUGCAGGAAUCCCUCUGGUGCGGUCACCAUCUUUACCUGCAAGUAUCAGUGGGGCUCUGACUGAGCUUGAGGACUCUUUCACAGAGCAAGUUAAAUCACUGGCAAAGUCAAUUGAUGAUGCUCUCAGCUCCUGGAGCUUGAAGACAAUGUGUUCGCUGCAAGAUGGCAGUAGUUAUCAAUUCACAGAGACUUUCAGCAGUGCAUCGAUGCAGGACAGGUCAGGAGGUGAGAUGGGGAAAACAGGACAAGAAAGCAGUGAUGACAAACUGGAAGAUGGCCUUGCACAAAGUGGGAGUACGCUUAUGAUGGCCUUCAGGGAUGUCACUUUCCAUAUCGAAAACAAAAACAUGUCUGUUUCUUCCCUCAUGGAAUCUGCAUCAGUUGCCAUGGCAAACUGUGAGAAUGCUCCACCAGAGUCUGAGCAGAAUGUUGUAGUUGUUAAAGAUGAGCAGAGUCCAAGGGAACAGAGAGAGAAAGGUUCCCAAAGUUCUUCCUCAGAACAAGAACAGAUGAUCAUUCAAAAUAAUCAUCCUUUCACAGAACUGAAUAAUCAAUUGGCAAUGCAGAAUAUUCAAAUUGACCAUAACAAUGGAAUAAUGCCAGAUCCUCAGUUGGAAUCUAAUCGUUUGGACAAUGCAGAACAACUCAGCAGCAGCAGUACAACCUCCAUCUCUGCUAAGUCACCAUCUGAAGUCUCUUCGAAGGAGGCAUUGCAUGCCAUGAUAUUGAGCAUGCCCAGAUACCACUGUGAGAAUCCAAGCAGCUGCAAGUCACCAACGCUGUCUACUGACAUAAUCCGCAAACGCUUGUAUCGUAUCGGCCUCAAUCUUUUCAAUGUAAAUCCUGACAAAGGAAUUCAGUUCCUGAUCGCCCGUGGAUUUAUCCCUGACACAGCGAUUGGAGUCGCCCACUUCCUACUGCAGCGAAAAGGAUUGAGCCGGCAGAUGAUUGGAGAGUUUCUGGGCAACAGCAAAAAGCAAUUCAAUAGGGAUGUUUUGGAUUGUGUUGUUGAUGAGAUGGAUUUUUCUAACAUGGAGUUGGAUGAAGCUCUGCGGAAGUUCCAGGCUCAUAUUCGAGUGCAGGGGGAGGCACAGAAGGUUGAGCGACUUAUCGAAGCAUUCAGUCAACGUUAUUGCAUGUGCAACCCAGACGUGGUUCAGCAGUUUCACAACCCAGACACCAUCUUCAUCUUAGCCUUUGCUAUCAUUUUACUUAACACAGACAUGUAUAGCCCCAACAUCAAACCCGAUCGAAAAAUGAUGCUGGAAGACUUCAUCCGUAAUUUACGAGGUGUGGAUGAUGGAGUGGACAUUCCUCGUGAGAUGGUUGUUGGUAUUUAUGAGCGAAUUCAACAGAAAGAAUUGAAGUCCAAUGAAGAUCAUGUGACAUAUGUUACCAAGGUAGAAAAAUCAAUCGUGGGGAUGAAAGCAGCUCUUUCUGUUCCCCACCGGCGGUUGGUUUGCUGCAGUCGGCUCUUUGAGAUCAUGGAUAUCAACAAAGCACAGAAGCAGGCAGCACAUCAGCGAGAGGUUUUUCUGUUCAAUGACCUUGUUGUGAUACUUAAACUGUGUGCAAAGAAGAGAAGUUCUGCUACAUACACUUUCUACAAGUCUGUUGGCCUUCUAGGAAUGCAGAUUCACCUGUUUGAGACUGAAUUUUAUCCUCAUGGGAUCACUCUUAUAUCAUCUGCUUCUGGCUCGGAGAAGAAGCAGGCACUGAGUUUCUGUGCACAGAGUUCAGAGGAACUACAGAAGUUUGUGGAGGAGCUGAAGGAAUCAAUAGCAGAGGUGACAGAGAUGGAACAAAUACGAAUUGAUUGGGAGCUGGAAAAACAACAGGGGGCAAAAACCCCUUCCUCAAAGAAUAAUGGAACUCAGCUUGACAUCCGAACCAAACCAGGAUCUCCAGCAGGAAAGUUAGACAUAGAAAACAAGACCACAAACAACACUGUGGAGGUAUCAAUUCACAAUAGGCUUCAAGCCUAUCAGCACAGCUCAGAGGGGAACCAAGAGUGCGCAGUCCAGCAAAGCACCCUUCUUAACUUCAAGCAAGAAAACUCAGCUGUAUCAGGAGCCAUGGAUCAUCUCCCUGAAACGCUACUCCAAUGCCAACAGAUUGUGAAUGUCAUAGUAGUCCCUGUGAAACCAGACAAAUCCGAUACCGCUCAGAAUGAGACACCUAUUCACCAAGUGGGAACAGACAACAACUCCACUAGCUCCACGCCUCGCAAAUUAAAGGAAGAUGGGCUUCAAGGAACACCUGUAAAAAACAUUCAUCAGCCACCUCUUCCACCUCCACCCCCACCCUACAACCACCCGCACCAGUAUUGCCCUCCUAACCCUUUUGUACGCAGGCGCAGAUAUUCCAGUGGAUCACGAAGCUUAGUGUAG